CAACUCUUCCCGCAGACUACGUAAAACCGUCCGAGAAGGAAGACUCCGGGAUGCUGCUCAAGUGGAUCCAGAUAAAAUACGAAAAAAAGAGGUUUUACAAGCCCUUGGACGAUCCAGCAGAGAAAAAAUUGGCGGCCACAUCGGAAAUGACCUCAAAAAGGGCAAUAGACCUGGGUGGGAUGCAAAUAAGAACACGACGAUUGAAAAAGGAAGAAGUUCUGAAGAGACAGAGUCAAGAGUGCCUGGGAGAUUCUCAAAAAGAGCAAGGCGAACGGCAAAGCAGUAGCCAAAUGUCACCGGAAUUGGAACAAUUAUUAAUGACUUUUAACGCCAACAGUGAAUUAGGGGCUUCAAAUCGUGAUAUCGUCUCCGACAUUUUUGGGAUUUCGCCUUCUGCGGUACAAGAACAUCAGAGAGGCGGCGGCUUUGAUGUUAUACUGGGGACAUCAAACACCAUAGAGAGGGAUUUGUUUGAGACGCCUAGCUGUUUUACCACGCAUAAUACCGCGGUCAACACCGUUAGUGCAGGUACUUCUGGUAUGCCAUCUGACUCUGAGAGAUGCGCCAAGGCAAUUUAUGAUAUUCUGGAUGAUUUUUUUUCUUCUACGGGUGUGUCUGCGCAACGGCAAGAGGAAGCUGUGGAGGAACCCCGGGACGGAAGUCGGUUGUUUUCUUCUCCCCCACGAGCGAAUGGGUGUACUGUCGGAACUCGAUUUGAUCCGUUUGAACGAGUAUUUUUUACACCACCGCCACCACCAUCCGAAAAGUAUUCAAACGAACAGCAGCAUCUGCUGUUCCCGGGAGGAGGGACUGUGGAUGGGGACCAACCCACUCUUUCAUGA